AUGAAUGGAAAAGUACAUAAAGUGCGUGUUAAUGUAAAAAAUAUGAAAAAAUCUAAAGAGGAAACCUCAAAAAUAAAUUCAAUUGAAUGUAAUGAUCAAACUGUAUCACCAAAAACUCGUUUAUGUUUUGUUAAAUUACGACGCACCCUCACUAACAAUACCAGCAGCAGCUCAUACAACAAUAUUAAUAACAACAACAACAACAAAACAUUGCAGGCACAAUCAAACAAACAAAAACAACAACAACCCCCUGAGGCUGAAGGUUUAAAAUCGCAAAGAUAUAAAAGAGCUGCAUUAAAAACUAAUGGUUUAGAGCCUAGAACUCCUAAAUCUAUAAAGAACUGUGUAGUUAAAUUAAAAAAUACACCUCAAAAAUCAAAUUCAAAAGUGGUGAUCGAAGAACCAUCAACACCCAACUCUGCCAAAAAAUGUGUAGUUAGAUUGAAAAGAACACCAGUUAUUGGAAAAGAAAAAGAUUUCGUUAUUGAACCAAAUACUACUAGAGCAUGUAUAUUUAACAAAAUCACUAAGGAAAUCUCCAAAAAUAAAGAAAUAGAAACAAUAAUACAUUCAAAACACAAUGGAGACCAAGAGACAAAUAAACUAGAAUCGGAAACAAUUAAUAAUAACACAGAAACCAAUAAUUUAGUUAAUCGUUUAAAACCUCAGAACUGUAUUAAGCAUUUCGCUAAAUUAUCCUUAAGACGAACAAAUGGACAAACAAAUAGAAAUCUAACAACAAAUUUGGAAGUAACACAAUUUGAACCUCAACAAAAUUCUACAAUUUGUUUUGAACCAGCAAGAAAUUCCACUUUAUUAGAAUUUGGUUUUACUAACGCCAAAGAUAAAGUAAAAUCCAAGCAAACUUCUAAAGACAAAUCUUCAUCUCAAAAUCUAGCCAAUAAAUCUGAAGAAAUAGUUGAUCUAUUAAAUUCUCUAGAUGAAGAUGAUGACCUUUUAUUAAAGUCACCAGAAAAGCCGAAUAAUGAACAGGAGGAAAUUAUGGAAAUACCAAACGAAAAAGAAGUUGAGGAAGGCAUUGCAACAACUCAAAGUAAUAGAAGUCCAGCAAAAAAUCACACCCAUAAAUUCUUUCAUCGUCAUAAAGAAGAUGCUGCAGAAAAUAUGACAAAAGCUUUUACUGAACCAAAACCUAAAUCGUCACCUGCAGCAGCUAAUGGCAAGAAACGACGUUUUUUGACAAAACGUUCUACUGUGGCAAAGCGAGAUAAUAUCUACGAAUUUUUAUCACAAUCUCAAACUUCCGAUUCAGAUGGUACAACAAAAAAUACCGAUCCCACAGCUGAUAUUAUUAAAAAACUUAUAGAUCAAGGAAAAGUACGUGUGGCCACAAAUUGUAAAGGAAAGGGUAAACCGGUAUUUAAACGCAAGCCGCCACCGCCCAAACAAAUGAAAAAACCCGUAGUCACUAAGGAACAUGCAGCUAUAAUAGAUGAUGAAGUUGAUGUAAUUCACAUGGAUGAUGAUUUUGAUAAUUAUGAACCACUUUUACCAGAUAAUGACGACAAUAUGGAAAAUCAAAGAAUUGAAACGGUUAAUAAGGCGUUAAACCAUAAUAACAAUAGACAUCAUGUAAAUGAUCAGGAAGGUACUUUUAGUCGCUUGGCUAGAAGUGUACUAAUAAAUGAAGCGGGACGUUCCGAUUUGCAAAGAAAAAAUGCUUCCUUACUAUUAGAAAUGGUAAAGAAAUUUGUUAGUACACCGAAAAACAAACAAAUGCCUUCAGCUCAAGCAGCCUUAGAAUCAGAAUUAUCUCCCAUUCCUAUACCGCCACUCAGGCCAGCAACAAAACCCUCACCUUGGCGCGUUGAUGAAGAUGCUUAUUUACCUAAAACUUUCAAUUUUGCUAGAAGUUCGGGAAAUUUGCCAUCAUUUUCUAGUGAUUUCAUACCAUCAACACCGAGAAAGAAAAACCGAAAAGUCAAGCGACUAAAUUCUAAAUUUUCUCCUAUAAUAGGUAAUCAAAAUACAUCCAAUGUAACACCUUUUCAAAGUCCUCUUCAUAAUAAUGUAGAAAACAUACAAGCACAAACAUCCAACGAAAAUUUGCCUGCACAAACACCUAAUCAAAAUGAACCAUCUGUUCUCUCAUCAUUUUCAUCCAACGAUUCAAAUGCAGAAAAUAUGCCACCACCUAGACCGUUACAGGAAAACAAUAAUGAGAAUGAAAAUAUAUUUGCUUUGAAACAACUUCCAAAUCCUCGAAGAGCCCUCAACUAUCGCAGUCCCCUGAAAGCCAUUAAUAUUUUAGAAGUAGUACACUUACCACCCUAUAAAAGUUCCAAUAAAACACCCAAUUCCAAGGAGCCGGCAACAGAAUCAAUUGAAAUGUUUGGUUUUGAAGAAAACUUAGGUGAUGAUUCUUUGCAAGUCGAUAAAAGUGUUGCUUCCAUUAGUGCUUCACCUCAAGCUGACAUUAAUAAAAUAACUAAAAACCGUCCUAAAGAAGACCUUUUCGGUUUUGAAGAUUUUCUAUCUCAAACUGAAUAUUCUAGCCAGGAAAAUGAUGAAACAAAUAACAAUGACAUUACAAACAAUAAUCAAAAUUUAACUAUACACGAUAAACUGCUAGAUUUACGUAAACUAAAACCUGCUGAAAACGAUAUUGAAUUAAGUAAACUUAAAGAAAAUAACAGAAAUCCUUUAAAAACCAUAUCUCUAUUUGAUGAAGAGGCUGCCUCAAAAGCAGAUGGCUUUAGACAAAGAGGUAUUAAAGAAAUGCUAUGCUCUACUCUGAUAAAUCCAAAGCCAUCAACUAGUAAGGAAGCUUUAAAGCAUUUAAAUAAAUCAAAUUGGAAACAUUCAAAAAGGCCAAAUUUUGGAGAGGAGUUAGAUUUAAGUGAACUCUUUAAAGAUCCUGAACCAGAAACAACUUUCAACGAAAUUUGCUAUAUUAAAUUGAACUUUUGCAACAAUUUUAAUUUGUUUGCAACUAGUUCAGAGUCAACAGGGCCGCAAAGAUUUAAGUUCUUCUUUGAUGCCCAUCGUACAUAUAUACGCCCCUAUAAGCGUAAGCGUCGUUUAAAGCAAAAUAAAUAUGUAAUGUUUUUAGACAGUGAUGAAUCCGACGACGAAAAUCAUUCGGCUGAGCAACAAAAGCAUCAACGUAGUCAUGAAACUGAUACUAGUUCGGAACAGGCUCCAAAAAAGAAACGUCAACGCAAAGAGCCCAAAGAAAAACCAGAACUUACUGAAUUCGUCGAAGAGUUUAAUGAAAUGUGCAAAGAAGUUGAUAGCUAUGAGUUAAUUGUGGAAAAGAGUGCAUGAGAAUUCAAUAAAGUAUGUAUACUUAAAAAUAUAUGUAUUUUAUUAAGAAAUCAUUUCAAAUCCUAUAAAUAUGUUUCCGUUUUAAAUUUUUGUUUAGUUUAAUACUUUUAUUUGCCUUAAAAAGGAUUAUUAUUUUAAAUUUAUGUAUUUCGAUUAUGUUUAGUUUAUUUUAGUUGAGCUGUGUUUCUGCAAUUUUAUUUUUUAAGUAUUUUUUAACCUAUUUUUCGUUUUGAGUGUAUGUUCCAGAAGAAAUAUAUUGAUUGAUUCAAUAUGCCUUAUUUCUAA